AGUCGCCACCAUGCUGCUCCAGUAAAUCUUCCAGAGAGUCUUCCAUUUUCGCACCAAAGGACCGCACUGGCACACUGGAGGCCUGUGGGCCCUGGUGGUGCGGUGGGAAGAUGGACAGGAUGAAGAUAAUCAAGCGAAGGCUGUCCAUGUCUUUACGCAGCGCUCGGCCCGUCGACGAGUCCCUGUCCGAACUGGCUGAACAGAUGGCCUUGGAUGAGCCGUCCGCAGCCAGGGACAAUGGUGAGGCUCAAGUGCACGCAAACACAGAGCCCAUGGUUGUGUGUGCCGUGCACCCCCCGGCCUCACACAGUGCUCCCUCCUUCCUGCGUCAAUAUGCCGGUCAUCUGGGCCGCACCGCUCUGCGCAGAGAGCCGGGUGGGGGGCUGGAGAGAGACAGAGCCUACCUGAGCCUGCACAGGACUGGAUCUCUGGCGUCAGAAGGUAUCGUCCAUGAGAAUGUGAAGAUGGGAUCAGACGGGGAGAGCGACCAGGCCUCUGGGACAUCUUCUGACGAGGUCCAGAGUCCAGUCCGGGUCCGGAUGAGGAACAACCACCAUCGGCGCAUCUCUAAUGAGGACAUCAACAAGCGCUUAUCUCUCCCAGCUGAUAUCAGGCUACCGGAGGGCUACUUGGAGAAGUUUGCCAUGAACAGCCCCCCCUUUGACAAACCCAUGAGCCGCAGGCUACGGCGUGCUUCAUUGGUAAGUGCUCAUUUUGUCUGCGAUGCAGCCUUCUCGGAGCUAAAGAAGACUCCCCCUUCACCAACUGGCCCUGUGCUCAUCCACGCCCUGAUUCCUUACUCGCAGUAUCGUCUGUGGAGGUUGAUGCCUCCAAACGCGGCGGCUGUUACUUGGGAGAUUGAGUCACUUGUUUUACAGGAGGCUCAGCAGGCGCAGCCUAACCCAAGACAGGCGGUUCUGGUGGCCCCUUCCAUGGCUCAAGACACCAAGGGUCUUUGUUGCUUGGCCUGUACAGUAUGUGCCCCGCCCAAGUCCUCGCACCCAACCUCCCCUGCUGGUCCUGGCUUCGCCCGCUGCCAGUACCUACUAUCCGGUGAGCUGUGCGUCGGGUUUAUUCCAUCGGCUCAAGACAAACCGGCCAAACGGAGACGGGCCCCCAAACCAGGACCUGGGAGGGCAGGCUUCUCCCGCUGUGUGGCUUUCCAGGAACCCCUCCCUUCAUGGUGGGCCGCAGCAUCUGGCCAUGGAUCGAAGUAUGCCCACAACUCCCUGCAAAUGCAGCCACAGGGUGUGGAGGAGCACUCCGAGCCGCCCUGGCUUCCGUUCCGGCUGGGCCCGCCAACCGCCUCCAUCGGCAGACGCGUAAAGCAGGAACACCGGGCCCCCCCAACUACUUGCCAGCCCUUGUCUCUCCAAGUGAUCCUUCCACCCCCGCCGCAUCAUCCGAUGGUCAGCCACAACCUACAACCGUCCAAGCCGCGAUUUGGACGUCUUCGUCGCCGUGGAAGGGGAUACAAAUUAUCUCCCGUGGAUUGGGAGGCGCCUAUGGGCCUGGAGGAGAGGUCCUUGGGUUCCCCCGGGCCCGAAAACCAUCCCGACGACGCGUCCCCCGUGUACGGGACUUCGCACCAGGAUAACCUGCAACAUCAUUAUGAAGACAGUCAGAGACAGCAGAAAACCUCCAUCUUUAGCCACUACCAGAACAGUCAGAUCGCCCACGCCAUCUACUGGAGGAUAGAGUCCGCCACCUGUCUGUUGUCGGAGUGGGUCACCUGGUCUCCCUGUAGUUUGUCCUGCGGCAUGGGCACACGUUCCAGGGAGCGUUUUGUGAAGCAGGUCCCUGAAGAUGGCUCAGGCUGCUCCCUGCCCACAGAGGAGGCCGAGAACUGCGUGGUCAAUGAGGAAUGCUCUCCCAGCAGUUGUCUGGUUACUGAGUGGGGGGAGUGGGAUAUCUGCAGUGCCACUUGUGGUCUUGGCAUGAGGAGGAGAGAGCGCAUGGUGAAGACGCCUCCUGCAGAUGGCUCCAUUUGUGGGGCAGAGGUGCUAGAAGUUGAAAAGUGCAUGAUGCCAGAAUGUCAUACAAUCCCCUGCAUGCUGACUCCGUGGUCUGACUGGAGUGACUGCAGUGUGUCGUGUGGGAAGGGUGCGAGGACACGACAGCGCACGCUCAAGUCUCCCGUGGAGCUGGGAGAGUGCACAGAAGAUUUAGAGCAGGUGGAGAAGUGCAUGCUGCCAGAGUGCCCCAUAGACUGUGUGAUGUCAGAGUGGACUGAGUGGUCGGAGUGCAAUAAGUCCUGUGGUAAGGGUCAUACGAUCCGUACCCGCAUGCUGAGUAUGGAGCCUCAGUUUGGAGGAGACGCGUGUGCUGAAACCAUCCAGAGGAAGAAGUGCAAGAUCAGGAAGUGCACUCGAGGACAGGCCAACAGUGACGAGAAGAAACGCCGCAAGGAGCAGCGCGAAAAGAGGAGGAGCAAACAGGGCAAAGCUGAGGUCUCCACCGAGCACCCGGGGUGUAAAAUGAGGCCGUGGUCAACAUGGACAGAUUGUACCAAGAUGUGUGGUGGAGGUAUUCAAGAACGACUCAUGACAGUAAAGCAGAGGUUUAAGACUGCCCAGCUGUCCAGCUGCAAGGACAGGAAGGAGAUCAGGGCCUGUAAUGUGCACCCCUGCUAGGGAGGAGAGGGGGAUCAGGGGUGAUGUGUAAGGGCGUGAGGGAGGGAGGGGGGAGGACAGUGGGGCUGGAAACAGGACAGGGCAUGGCACACUGUUGCACAAGGAUCCAAUGCACUCUGUUAGGGCUGGAACGGCACAUGCUUGAAUCUGUCUCGAUUAAAUCCAGAGCCCAGGUGGGGACAUCAAAAGAAGUUCAACUUAAACAUCUCGCUGGAAAACUCUUGAUUUAAACUAGAGUGAAUUUUCUGUGCUUUUAAACUAGCUCUUAUACACAUAAGACUCUUUUGCAAGAUUACUGUAAACUUGUUGUGGUACAAUGUGUCUUGAAAAAUAUAAUUAUGAAAUAUAAAUUGAUUUAAUAAUAAGAUAAAGGACUGUUAUAUCUUGUGGAUCCCUUAAGUAGUAGCCUACAGUAUAUUCCAGAGUUUAAAACUUUAAAGCACAGGUGCCCAGCCAUUCCAGUGUUUUAUACGCAGCCAAUGUUCAGUUGUUUCUAGGACACAAAAUGCCCAGUUGGCUUUUUACCAAGCUACAUUGUUGUACAUGUAUACGCACCACGGUUGAGAUGUAUAUGAUUUUGAGCAUUGUUAGAAGAUUUGAUAUUUUUUUGCUGUGGAAUAUUUUGAUAAGAAUGUGUCCCAAGAUUCUUACCAAAGUCUUGCGUAGAUGUUUUCUAGAUGUAUUCUCCUCCUUUUCUUUAUCUCUGUUCCUCUAACAUAUUAAUAUUUUGGAAUAAUAUCAUCUUUACAAUAAAAGUAAAUGUGACAACUUG